GUGAAUGGAGAGAGCGAGCGCCGGCCAGCUCACCCGGCCGCCCCUGCCCCAGGCGCCGCCGCUGUGCUCCGGAGCCCAGCCCCAAGCCGGACCUACCCGGGCGGCGCGCCCCGCUGCCCUCGACCCAGGUCCCCAACCCGGCCCGCAACCCGGGCGGCGGGCCAGCGGGACCAGGGGGCGCUCGGCACCUGGGCACUCUGAGCGAUGCGCAGCGGGGCAGCUCCAGCCCCGCCGAUGGAGCAGCUGCCUCCGCCGCCGCCGCCCGGCGCGCCCUGCUCCGCCCGCGCCCCGUGCGCCUGAGCGCCGAGCUCGCCCCUCCUCCGCGCCAACUCCGCCGCCCGUUCCCCAGGCCGCCCGCGCUCCCCGCGUGUCUCCCGGGCUCCACGCGCCUCGCCCCGCCGAGGCAGCCUCCUCCGGACGCGGGGCCCUGCACACCAUGGCCCCCGGGCGGACAGCGGCCGGCGCCGCCGUGCGCACUCGCCUGGCGCUGGCCUUGACGCUAGCGAGCGUCCUGAGCGGGCCCCCAGCCGCCGCCUGCCCCACCAAGUGUACCUGCUCCGCCGCCAGCGUGGACUGCCACGGGCUGGGCCUCCGAGCCGUUCCCCGGGGCAUCCCCCGCAACGCCGAGCGCCUUGACCUGGACAGAAAUAACAUCACCAGGAUCACCAAGAUGGACUUUGCUGGGCUCAAGAACCUCCGAGUCUUACAUCUGGAAGACAACCAGGUCAGCAUCAUUGAGAGAGGCGCCUUCCAGGAUCUGAAGCAGCUGGAGCGAUUGCGUCUGAACAAAAAUAAGCUCCAGGUCCUUCCAGAAUUGCUUUUCCAGAGCACACCGAAGCUUACCAGACUAGAUCUGAGCGAAAACCAGAUCCAGGGGAUCCCGAGGAAGGCAUUCCGUGGCAUCGCUGACGUGAAGAACCUGCAACUGGACAACAACCACAUCAGCUGCAUUGAAGAUGGAGCCUUCCGAGCGCUGCGCGAUCUGGAGAUCCUCACACUCAACAACAACAACAUUAGCCGCAUCCUGGUCACCAGCUUCAACCACAUGCCAAAGAUCCGGACUCUGCGCCUGCACUCCAACCACCUGUACUGUGACUGCCACCUGGCCUGGCUCUCAGAUUGGUUGCGACAGAGAAGGACGAUUGGCCAGUUCACACUCUGCAUGGCUCCCGUGCACCUAAGGGGCUUCAAUGUGGCGGAUGUACAGAAGAAAGAGUAUGUGUGUCCAGGUCCUCAUUCAGAGGCUCCGUCCUGCAAUGCCAACUCCCUCUCAUGCCCUUCCAGCUGCACUUGCAGUAAUAACAUCGUGGACUGUCGAGGAAAGGGCUUGACCGAAAUCCCUGCCAACUUGCCAGAGAGCAUCGUUGAAAUUCGCCUGGAACAGAACUCCAUCAAAUCCAUCCCUGCAGGAGCCUUCACCCAAUACAAGAAAUUGAAGCGAAUAGACAUCAGCAAGAAUCAGAUAUCGGACAUCGCUCCAGAUGCCUUCCAGGGCCUGAAGUCCCUCACAUCACUAGUUCUCUAUGGGAAUAAGAUCACCGAGAUUGCCAAGGGACUCUUUGACGGGCUGGUGUCCCUGCAGCUACUCCUCCUCAAUGCCAACAAGAUCAACUGCUUGCGAGUGAACACCUUCCAGGACCUGCAGAACCUCAACUUGCUCUCCUUGUAUGACAACAAGCUGCAGACCAUCAGCAAGGGGCUCUUUGCUCCUCUGCAGUCCAUCCAGACGCUCCACUUAGCCCAAAACCCGUUUGUAUGCGACUGCCACUUGAAGUGGCUGGCUGACUACCUCCAGGACAACCCCAUCGAGACAAGCGGGGCCCGCUGCAGCAGCCCACGCAGGCUUGCCAACAAGCGCAUCAGCCAGAUCAAGAGCAAGAAGUUCCGCUGCUCAGGCACCGAGGACUACCGCAGCAGGUUCAGCAGCGAGUGCUUCAUGGACCUCGUGUGCCCCGAGAAGUGCCGCUGCGAAGGCACCAUUGUGGACUGCUCUAACCAGAAGCUGGCCCGCAUCCCAAGCCACCUUCCGGAAUAUGUCACUGACCUGCGGCUGAAUGACAAUGACAUAUCUGUUCUGGAGGCCACCAGCAUCUUCAAGAAGUUGCCCAACCUGCGGAAAAUAAACCUGAGCAAUAAUAAGAUCAAGGAGGUGCGAGAGGGCGCCUUUGACGGGGCCGCCGGCGUGCAGGAGCUGAUGCUGACGGGGAACCAGCUGGAGACGGUGCACGGGCGCAUGUUCCGAGGCCUCAGCGGCCUCAAGACCCUGAUGCUGAGGAGUAACAUGAUCAGCUGUGUGAACAAUGACACCUUCGCUGGCCUGAGCUCCGUGAGGCUGCUUUCCCUCUACGACAAUCGGAUCACCACCAUCACACCCGGAGCCUUCACCACACUUGUCUCCCUGUCCACCAUAAACCUGCUAUCCAACCCCUUCAACUGCAACUGCCACCUGGCCUGGCUCGGCAAGUGGCUGCGCAAAAGGCGCAUCGUCAGCGGGAACCCCCGGUGCCAGAGGCCCUUCUUCUUGAAGGAGAUCCCCAUCCAGGACGUGGCCAGCCAGGACUUCACCUGUGACGGCAACGACGAGAGCAGCUGCCAGCUGAGCCCGCGCUGUCCGGAGCAGUGCACUUGCGUGGACACAGUGGUGCGAUGCAGCAACAAGGGCCUCCGUGCCCUCCCGAAAGGCAUGCCCAAGGACGUGACGGAGCUGUACCUGGAAGGAAACCACUUAACAGCUGUUCCCAGAGAGCUGUCAGCCCUCCGACACCUGACACUUAUUGACCUGAGCAACAACAGCAUUGGCAUGCUGACCAAUUACACCUUCAGCAAUAUGUCUCACCUCUCCACUCUGAUCCUGAGCUACAACCGGCUGCGGUGCAUCCCGAUCCACGCCUUCAACGGGCUGCAGUCUCUCCGAGUGCUCACCCUUCAUGGCAAUGACAUUUCCAGCGUUCCUGAAGGCUCCUUCAAUGACCUGACAUCUCUCUCCCACCUGGCGCUGGGAACCAACCCACUCCAUUGUGACUGCAAUCUGCGUUGGUUAUCAGAGUGGGUGAAGGCAGGGUACAAGGAGCCUGGCAUCGCCCGCUGCAGUGGCCCCGAGUCCAUGGCAGACAGACUCCUGCUCACCACUCCCACCCACCGGUUCCAGUGCAAAGGUCCUGUGGAUAUCAACAUCGUGGCCAAGUGCAAUGCUUGCCUCUCCGGUCCAUGCAAGAACAAUGGAACAUGCAUUCCAGAUCCCGUGGAGCAGUACCGCUGCACCUGCCCCUAUAGUUAUAAGGGCAAGGACUGCACCGUGCCCAUCAACACCUGCAUCCAGAACCCCUGUCAGCACGGAGGCACCUGCCACCUAAGUGAGAGCCACAAGGAUGGGUUCAGCUGCUCCUGCCCCCUGGGCUUUGAGGGGCAGCGAUGCGAAAUCAACCCAGAUGACUGCGAGGACAAUGACUGCGAGAACAAUGCCACCUGUGUAGACGGGAUCAACAACUAUGUGUGUGUGUGCCCGCCCAACUACACAGGCGAGCUGUGUGAUGAGGUGAUUGAUCACUGUGUGCCCGAGAUGAACCUCUGUCAACAUGAGGCCAAGUGCGUCUCCCUGGACAAAGGGUUCAGGUGUGAGUGUGUCCCUGGCUACAGUGGGAAGCUCUGCGAGAUCAACAAUGAUGACUGCAUGGCUCACAAGUGCCGCCAUGGGGCCCAAUGUGUGGACGCGGUCAACGGCUACACGUGCAUCUGCCCCCAAGGUUUCAGCGGGGUCUUCUGCGAGCACCCCCCGCCCAUGGUCCUGCUACAGACCAGCCCCUGUGACCAGUACGAGUGCCAGAAUGGGGCACAGUGCAUCAUAGUGCAGCAGGAGCCCACCUGCCGCUGCCCACCGGGCUUUGCUGGCCCCAGAUGCGAGAAGCUCAUCACUGUCAACUUCGUGGGCAAGGACUCCUAUGUGGAACUGGCCUCUGCCAAGGUCCGGCCGCAGGCCAACAUCUCCCUGCAGGUGGCCACUGACAAGGACAAUGGCAUCCUUCUUUACAAGGGAGACAAUGAUCCCCUGGCACUGGAGCUGUACCAGGGCCAUGUGCGGCUGGUCUACGACAGCUUGAGCUCCCCUCCAACCACGGUGUACAGUGUGGAGACAGUAAAUGAUGGACAAUUCCACAGCGUGGAGCUGGUGAUGCUUAACCAGACCUUGAACCUGGUGGUGGACAAAGGAGCACCAAAGAGCCUUGGGAAGCUCCAGAAGCAGCCAGCAGUAGGCAUCAACAGCCCUCUCUACCUUGGAGGCAUUCCCACCUCCACGGGCCUCUCAGCCUUGCGCCAGGGCGCCGACCGGCCUUUGGGUGGAUUCCAUGGCUGCAUCCAUGAAGUGCGCAUCAACAACGAGCUCCAGGACUUCAAGGCUCUCCCACCACAGUCGCUGGGGGUCUCUCCAGGCUGCAAGUCCUGCACCGUGUGCAAGCAUGGCCUGUGCCACUCAGUGGAGAAGGACAGCGUGGUAUGUGAGUGCCACCCGGGCUGGACUGGCCCACUGUGUGACCAGGAAGCCCGGGACCCCUGCCUCGGCCACAGCUGCAACCACGGGAGGUGUGUGGCAACCGGGAACUCAUACGUCUGCAAAUGUGCUGAGGGCUACGGAGGGGCUUUGUGCGACCGCAAGAAUGAUUCUGCCAGUGUGUGCUCAGCCUUCAAGUGCCACCAUGGACAGUGCCAGAUCUCAGAUCAAGGGGAACCCUCCUGCCUGUGCCAGCCUGGCUUUAGUGGGGAGCACUGUGAACAAGAGAAUCCGUGUCUGGGGGAGGUUGUCCGAGAAGCAAUUCACCGUCAGAAAGGUUACACGUCAUGUACCACAGCCUCCAAAGUGCCCAUAAUGGAAUGUCGCGGGGGCUGUGGGUCCCAGUGCUGCCAACCCAUCCGUAGCAAGCGACGGAAAUAUGUCUUCCAGUGCACAGAUGGCUCCUCAUUCGUGGAAGAGGUGGAGAGACACUUAGAGUGUGGAUGCAGCCCAUGUUCCUAAGCCCCUCUGCCCGCGGGCCCACCCACCGCCUCUCAGACUCCAGCUUGGUGGGGCUCGGGACAGCCACGGGGGCCCCUUAAAGAUUCAGAAUGAAGGAGAGGAAGAAAAAAAAAAAGAGAAGAGAAUAUUAAGUAUAUUGUAAAAUAAAAACAAAAAAUAGAACUUAUUUUUAUUAUGGAAAGUGACUAUUUUCAUCUUUUAUUAUAUAAAUAUAUCACACCGUCUGAGUAUAUGUACCAUAUAGUGAGUUAUUUUUACUGUUUUGUGAUGUGUAAUUUUUUGUUUUUAUAAACAGCUGUUUUAAAAUUUUAAGACAAAAAAAGACAAAUAAAAAAUGUUUUAAACAAAAGGAUAAAGAAUAAAGAAAUGAGAGCCUGUCUGAGGGAGGAGGAGGAAGUUUUUCAUGAUUGUGAGGCACUCACAUGACAGCAGAAACCAGGACCUGCUUACUGAGCUCAGGAAAAAGGAGGAAGAGGAAGACAGAGAAGGCAAACACUGUUCUUGGUUUCUUCUUUUUAACUCCUUUUUUUCUCUGACCCUAGAAGCACCCAGUUUUUAAAGGUUCUGGUUGUCUCUCUCCAUGAUGCCCAUUGCUUCCAGGAGAAGGCAACCCCAGCCUUCCCAAAUCUUACUGCAGCUCAAAACAAUUGCUUUCUGUCUGCCGUGGGCACGCUGCAAGGUCUGGGCCACCAGAAGACCCUCUUUCCCCUUCCUCGAAGGCCCUGGUUUCCAUUAGCAACCUGACCACCUAGAUCUUGCCAAACAAGCCUAUUAUACCAAAUGUUAAAAUAGCUGUGCUUUUGUCUGUAAAAAGAAGGUACUCUUGGGUGAGGUGAAGGAAGAGGGUUAGGGUCACACAGCUCCCUUGGCCCCUUCUUUCCCUCCAGUUAAUUUCGCAUUGGAGUGAACACCAGGAGAGCAGACAGUCUGAUUGAUGCUGGCGUGAAGGGCCAGGAGCCAAGCCUGCGUGCAGUACUGGGAUGGCCAACAGGACCUCCAGGCCACCAUCACAGUGACAAACUGCCCAUCUGCAAUGCUGUCCAGUGCAUAUCUGAACUCUACUCUCCUCCUGUCCCUGGGGAGAGUAAAGCAAUGAGCCCUGUUUCAUAGAUAAGGAAACCUAGGCUCUGUAACAUGCCAGAACCCAUCCAUCUGCUAUGUGGAGGACCCAAAACUGGAAUCCAGAUGCAAAACUCUAGAUUCUCCUCUAGAAUGGCUGAAUGCAGGAGAUUCAGGCAGGUUAAGCUCAUCAAUACAGCCCUAAGUAAAAGAGAAAGCAGAUACCUUCUCCUCAUUCUUUCCCUUUUUAUUCUCCCUUUUAUUCAGAAAAAUACUAAAUAGAACACGGACUUGGGUAUCUAGGAAACAUGAGUAAAGGCAGCCUGUCCAGCCUCUGACCAGUUCUUAAAUGACCUACCCUGUCCCUGUCACCCUACAUCUCUCCUCCACCUUCAUUUGCCCCCGGAACCCCAUCAGUUAGUGCAUGUCACCCCGGAGCUCAGCUCUUCCCACCACUGCCUGGCUCGCAUCAUCCAACCCUCCUCUGCUUUUAUCUCAGCAAGGACAGUUUGGAAUCUUUCAGCUCUGAGUGUCCCCAGAACAGCUUUGUUGCUCUGUGGGGACCAAUGGUGGGCCAAAGACUCAAGAGGGGAAAAAAGAAAGAUAGAGGAAUAGAAGGCAAGGUGAAGACAAGCAGGGAGGGAUUUGCUAGAGAAAUUUACUUUAAAAUAUGCAUGUGGAUAUGUAUCAUGUUCUGGGUUCUGUAUCUUAUUAUGGAUUUGUUUAGAGACUUCUUUAGCAUUAGCUACAUUAUAUCAGAUAUUCUAUUUACUAUAUAUAUUUAUAUACAUUCAAUUCUAAAAGUAAUCUUACGUUAAAAACAUUAUUGAUCCAUUUUACAGUUAAGCAGACUGAAACACAGAGAAGUUAAGGAAUUUAUCAAAGAGAAGAUGCUAAUAAAUUGCAGAGCUAGGAUUUGAACACAGGUUGUCAGGCUCUAGAACUUGCUCACUUAACCAUUAAAGUGCUCUGCUUCUUUUGAGAGAGAAACAUAUCCCUCCUUUAAGGAUCUUACAGUCUGAGGCAGGAACAGGGAUGAAAAUGUACAAUUACGUAUUCCCUGAUGGCAGUUUAAAGUGCUGUGUAGAGGAGGGAAUUUCCAAUCCUGGGUCUUGAAGGUUGAACAGCAGUUUGCCAGAACCAGGAAGGAAAGAUGAAUUUUCCCUGGAACAGCCUAAUAAACAGCAGUAAAACAUGAAAAGGUCUGACAUGUUUGCCAGCCAGAGGUCCUAGCAAGAAUACGAGAUGCACACUGGGAAACAGAAACAGGGUAGAUGUGAAGGCAGAGUUUAAACCACAAAGAGCUACACGUGCCAGGCCAGGCCAGGAAGAGUCAGAGUUUCAGCAGAGGAAAAGCAAGACAAGGUCUGACGGGAGACACAGCUAGUAGCACCCGAAGGAGCGUCUCUAGCACCCGAAAUGGCCUCAGCGCGGUAGGUGUUCACUCUGUGGCUAGAAAACACUGAUUUCAAGGUGAAUCCCAAGUCUUCUUGGCAGCUCAGCUUAGUCCCACAAAGGGAGAGCUGGGAUCUGGCUAACACCCCUCCCCUCACCCACGCACCCCCACCAGCCCUGGCAGGUCCACCCGAUCCUGAUUGACUACCAACACCCUUAGCCAGCCUCUCUCCACCCAGUGCAAAGUCCAGUCAGCUUCCUACUUUAAGAGCCUCACCCAGGGCCUCUGGUGUCCUGGGAGGACUUGCCAGGCUGGUGGCUUUCCCUCUACUUCCCCAAGGAUCUUAAAUCCUCCCUCUUCCACGCACCUUGUGGGCUUAUUCCUGAAUCCAGCUACAGUCCACCAAAACAGCAAAAAGUCCUGAUUCUAUCUUGGUGCAGCCUGCAGGGAGUAGAUUUGGGGCCUUCCCCUCAAUUUUGGAAGCAUUAACUUUAAGAAAUGUCAAAUGCAAAGAACAAUUUUUAAAACUCCUUCCCAAAAUGAAGUAUCUCUAACAAAGUUAAAAACUCACUAUGUCCUUGAAUAGUGAAAAUUCUCAGUACAGAAAACCCAUGGACAGGAAGGCAUCUGUUGGUUAAUUUGCACCCUAUAAAGUAUGGUUUAGUGUUUGUGUAGAUGCACAUGUGCCGAAAGGGGCUACUCAGCUCUUUCCCCUGAGCAGCACUAGGAAAGGAGAAAGUCACUUGAGAGCCCCUCAAGUACCUGAUGAAAUGAUGUAUUUAAAAGCUCUGUAAAAUAUAAACUAAAAACCUGAAAUGUAAGAUGUUGUUAUUAUUGUUGUUAUUGUUGCUAUGACUGACAUGCCAAAAGCCCUUUUAAAAGAUAACUUUGCCUUUUCAGUCUCAUUAAAAGGGAUCUGAUGCUUCAGAAAGAUGAAGACCUGACAAGGGGGAAGGAAGCAAACGGCACAGAUAGUAAGGCAGACCUCCCAAGGCCAGAGAAAGAAAGGCAAUAGCAACUGGGUGACCCUCAGGCAAUCAGAAAUGGCCAAGUCAGGAAUGCAGAGACAAAGCUAUCCCCAAACUGCACCCUGAGGCCAGGCAAUCACCCAUUUUCUCUGCUGGAAGCAGAAGGCCAAAGCAGCAAGUGACCUGAUCCUCAAAGACUGAUAGGAUCUCAGAUAUUACAGUUCAAGGAACCAUGAGUCACUUGAGACAGAAAAUGAAAAAGUGACUGUAUCACAGGCCAAAGUCAUGCAGUCAGCUAAUUAAUGUCAGAGGUGGAGAGACACCCAGGUGUCAACACAGGCAAAGCACUCCAGUUGCAUCAUAGUGGACAUGUGGGCAGACAGAAGCCUGGUAUAGAUCUUGCAACCCCAAAAAGCAUCCUCCAUCUUCUGCAGUUCGUAUCCCCAGUGCAGUCUCAGACAUCCCGGGAGCUGGAGGCACAGUCUGCCUUGGUGGUAUCUGCCUUGGUAGUUUCCACCAGGGAACAACUGGUCAAAGAUGCCAGCUGUCAGGACCAGGAAAGGCAGAACGGGGCAUUUGGCAAAGCUUAUUCUCUAACUCAACAAUAGAUUCAGUAGGAAAUUUUAAAGACUUCUUAAAGCAGUGUUAUAGUGCUCCUUUCCCAGAAUGGAAUAAUGUACAUUUGCAUUUUUUUCUCAACAGAUUGUCAUAUUCUGAUAUCAUUUAAAUAAAUGGGUGAGUCACGAAGGGGCUACACAAUGCUCUUGUGAAUACUGCAA